CACACACAGAGUCCCCAGGCCGGUCCCGCCCCGCGCGGGGGGGGGAGUGGGGGGGCGGGGGGAGUCCCGGGCAGUGACGCGCGUUGCCAUGGCGACCCCCCGGCAGCGUCUGGCGGGCGCGGGGGGAUGACAACAAACAUGGCGGAGCGGAGCCGCGCGGCGGAGUCGGGUAGUGACAUAGGAAGUGAUGAUAUCAUAGCAGGGAAUGUAAGCAAAUAUGCUGUUCUUCCACCUGGUUACUGUGGACAACCUAAAAAAGGACAUCUUAUAUUUGAUGCUUGUUUUGAAAGUGGUAACCUGGGACGUGUGGACCACAUCACAGAAUUUGAGUAUGACUUAUUCAUUAGGCCAGAUACCUGCAAUCCACGCUUUCGAGUUUGGUUCAACUUCACUGUUGAAAACAUAAAAGAAUCACAGAGGGUAAUUUUCAACAUUGUCAACUUCAGUAAAACAAAAAGCCUCUACCGCGAUGGAAUGACCCCUAUGGUGAAGUCCACGAGCAGACCAAAAUGGCAAAGGCUGCCACCUAAAAAUGUAUAUUAUUAUCGCUGUCCAGACCACAGGAAAAACUAUGUCAUGUCAUUUGCUUUUUGCUUUGACCGAGAGGAUGACAUUUACCAAUUUGCCUACUGCUACCCCUACACGUAUACUCGGCUUCAACACUAUCUUGACAACCUACAACGGAGGAACAUGGACUACUUUUGCAGGGAAUUGCUAGGACUCAGUGUGCAACAACGGCGGCUUGACCUCCUGACUAUAACCAACCCCGUAAACCUGAAGCCAGGAGCUGAGCAGAAAGUGGUGUUCAUCACAGCUCGCGUCCACCCUGGGGAAACUCCAUCUUCCUUUGUGUGCCAAGGUAUAAUUGAUUUCCUUGUGAGCCCACAUCCAGUAGCCAAAGUAUUGCGGGAUCAUUUGGUUUUCAAGAUUGCACCGAUGCUUAAUCCAGAUGGAGUAUAUCUAGGAAAUUACAGGUGCUCCCUGAUGGGGUUUGAUUUAAACCGGCAUUGGGUGGAUCCGUCUCCCUGGGCUCAUCCCACGCUGCAUGGAGUAAAGCAGCUCAUCAUUCAGAUGUACAACAAUCCGAAAAUUAGCCUGGAGUUCUAUAUUGACAUCCAUGCCCACUCCACCAUGAUGAAUGGCUUCAUGUAUGGGAACAUCUUUGAAGAGGAGGAAAGAUUUCAGAGACAGGCUAUUUUCCCAAAGCUACUCUGCCAGAAUGCUGAAGAUUUCUCCUUUUCUAGCACGUCCUUCAACCGAGAUGCUGUGAAGGCAGGGACAGGACGGCGCUUUCUUGGUGGGUUAUUGGAUGACACUUCUUACUGCUACACUCUGGAAGUCUCGUUCUACAGUUACAUCGUUGGAGGAGCUACGUCUACCGUCCCGUAUACAGAGGAAGCAUAUAUGAAGCUAGGGAGGAAUGUGGCCCGGACCUUCUUGGAUUACUACAGGCUGAGCAGCAUAGCAGAGAGACCGCUGGCACCCAUUCCCAACACACGGAAAGAAAAACUGCCCCCGUUCAAAGGUGCUGCCCAGCGCGGCCCCAGGAAUAACCACGCAGGCAGCAAGUUGGAGAAGAGAAGCCAGACCAGUCUCAAGGAUGAUUCCCACUCCUCGUAAAAGCUGAGAGAGGAAGACUUUUCGUCCGGCGGAGGAAAAGGAGUUGGCUCAGCUCUCCUGGGGUUUGAGCCGAUAAGAUUUCUCUUUGUUUCUCCCCAGACAAGUAUUUCUAAAAUAACAAAUAGUCUGGAGGGGAGGGGGGAAAUCAGCUAGAAAUUUUACUAUUGAUUUUCUUUUUACUGAUGGCAAAUCAAUUCCAGCCCUUUUUGCUCAUCUCUGGAAAAAAGAGAAUGGAUAGAUUAAAAAAGAAAUCGUUUUUUUGCGGCCAAAAAAGCCGUUAGUUAACAGAAAAAAAGGGUGGGGGGGGGAGGGGAGACCAUAAAAACCCUUUUGCUCUCCUUAAAGGGGCCAUCCUUCGACAGAGCGAACAGUUCAAAGUUCCUCGAUACGCUGUGCGCUUCCUCCCGUGUUAGUGGCAAAUUCUCACGUCUUUAUGCCGGUUGCAUGUGCUGUUCCAGUUAUCUCGCUUUUUGUGUUUGCAGGUUAUGACUUAUGGGCAGAGGGCAGGGAUGGGUUUAUGUGCUCCUCCAUGGGUCUGUGUUCAUUUCUUGCCUGGUUAGGAGCUUUCCAUGAGCUCCCUUAAGGAGCUGUUAUACAGAUAAUUAUUCAGAGAGACAGACGCAUGCCUGUGUGACUGCCGUCGCCCAUACAGCUAGCGUAGCUGUUACAAGCUCUUGUUUUUGUGCCUCCACAAGACUGCAGCAAGCGUGCCCUCGCUUGCAGUUCAUGCAAGACCUGCAUGCCAGGCUUAGCCCCUCCAGGUCGGUGCCCAGCAAGGCCGGGCUCUUGCCUAGUCCUGCCUGCAGGGCAGUAGGCGGCAUGGGUUGGCUUCCCACUUGCGUCUCCUUAAAGGCUUCCCACAAGGGGCUCCCACUUGUGUCUCCUUAAAUCCCUGCCUCCCCCUCUUAACACUCCCUUGGCAAAGCUAGACGAGACUCGACUUCUGGGGCAGGUUUCACCGGGGAUGCUAUCUGCCACGGGCAGCCUCUUCCCUGGCUUACAGGACCAAUGCAACGUUCAACCCACGUUCCUAGUGAAACUGGAGUUCAAACACUAGGGAAAGACCUGAUCUACCAGGCUGCUUAACUUUACUGUUCCCUUGUGUGAUUGCUUCUUGCUUGACCAAAACCACCCAACCUCCCCAGCACCGGAGAGGAUGGGACCCGAUUUGCAGCUGCUGAUCUGGGCCAGGCCAAUUGUCAGACGUGGUCGUAGGCAAAAUUUAAAGAGACCUUGGUUAUAUUUACACAGGUAGCAGCCAGGAAUCUGGAAGUGGACCCUGUUCUUUCUUCGUCUUCGCCGACUUGCCCUCCAGCCCAUUGGGAGGCAUAGAGGUAGUGUAGACAGCUCUAUGCAACCUGAGGAUUUCCAUCUUGGAGGGAGAGGCCUUGGCUGCCCCCUGAGAGCAGCUUUCCACUUGCUUUGCACUGAUGAGCAAACACAGUGGCAGCUGAGGAUCGGCCUUGCAAUCCCACGGCUUCAGUUCAGUGCCCAACGAUGUGUAUUUUGCUGUGUCUGGAGAUACAGAGGGAUUGACUGUGAACCUGUUGUGCCAUUGCUUAAAGCUAGGCAGUCUCCCAAAGCAAUAGGAGUCUGUGGGAACAAGCAAGGGGCAGAACUUGGCCCUGCCUGUCUCUCACAAUGGACCAAAUGCCAAGAAAGCAACAAAUACUCUUUGACAACAUCUGUGUGUUUACAGUCUAUCAACCUGAUUCUUUCUUUCUUCCUUUUUUUUUUCAUCUCUGGGAAGGGGUGAGAUGGGAGAAGAAGAAACAAGCUGAAAACAGGCAAGGGUGACCCAGGGGAAGGAAAAUGAUAAAAACAAACUCAAUAUUGUCAGCAUUUCAAGGUUAUGGGGUUAAACUGUGUGCAUUUUUAAGAAGAGAAAAGUGCCUUAAUAUGAUGAAUACCAAUGCACCGAAAAGGCACAGUGCUGGCUUCCUGUCUCUAUAAGCAGAGUAAUGAAUAGCGGUGACAGCAUGAUAAUUAAAAUGACCUCUUGGAGAUAUGGAUUAGAAGGCAUGCAGAAGGGGGAUAGCUUGUCCUUUGAAUUAAUCUAAUGUUAAUUUAUGACUGUAGUUGGGUUUUAUAAGGUUUUAGUGGAAGAUUUUCAAAGUUGGUUUAUUUGGGGGGAGAAAAUGUUCCUUUUGAAUCUUGAUUGAAAGAAAACACUUGCUGAACUCUGUUACUUCUUUGCAAACGGUUUCUUGUAAUUGCAGAGUUUGCAGGUCAUCUUCUACUCGGUAGAGGCUCUGUCUACUCUAGGAAGACUGAAUAAAGUGUUUCAAUGUGGAAA